AUGGAUGAGAGCUACCGCAACCGGCACAGGCUGGCUUGGGAACAGCGGCGUGCAGCGGAGGCAGCGGAAAGGGAAGCAGCAGCCACAGCAGCAGCUGAUACUUCUGCAGCAGCAGACCCAAGUGGGACUGUUGAACCCACGGCUGCACCCUCCCCAGUGGGCGGCAACUCUUCUUCGGCGGCUUUGAGUGCAUCUCCUGCUGCUCGGCCUGUGCAUGACGCCUCGCCUGAGCAGCAGCAGCAGCCGCACCAGCAACCGGGCACUUCAUCAGCAGCAGAUGUACCCCGCAGCAAAAGUGAGGAGGACGCCUUGAAUGAAGCAGCAGCACGCCGCCUGCAGGAGGAGUUGAAUUCAAUCGACGAUGUGAGGAGGCCAGAUGAAGCCUACAGCGAGUGCUUGCUGGGAGAGGCAGACACAGCUUGGGUGCACCCGGGGGUGGGACCUGCUGCUGCAGUUGGGGGGCUGUCAGAAGGUUUCCGUGGGGUGGCUGCAGCAGCACGUGGUUUGCUGCAUGGACACGGCGGAGGAGCAGCAGCCAUGGAGUUCAGCGGAAGCCACACGCUGCUGCAGCAGCAGCAGCUGCGGCAGCAGCAGCUGCAGCAGCAGCAGCAGCAGCUGAGCCGCCGCACAGACCGAAGCCAAAGCCCAAAUCCACCUUAUGAAGUCAUUCCAGUCGACACAGACCCUCUUGGCGUGGGGGAUCAUUCUCCACCUGCGGGUGCGGGUUCAUCGGACGCUGCGGCAGCGGCAGCAGCAGCAGCGGCAGCGGCAGCAGCAGCAGCAGCAGCAGGAAUUCAAGUCGACUCCGACGAGGCAGUGCUGCAGGCAGCCAUAGCCCAGAGUCUCAUAGACAUGUAG